UGGCUGGACGGCCUGUGAAGACCAUCUUUGAGGCAGAUGAAAGGUCAUGAGCCGUACAUCUUCUGCUUCCGAGUUAAGUUCUAUCCGCCGGACCCGAGCAAGCUGCAGGAGGAGAUCACGCGCUACCAGCUGUUCCUGCAGAUGCGCAGGGACCUGCUCCACGGCAGAUUGUUCUGCUCUCCCAGCGACUCAGCCUGGCUCGCCGCGCACGUCAUACAGUCUGAGCUUGGAGACUACGACCCAGACGUACAUCAGGAGGGAUACGUGUCAGAGUUCAAGGUCCUGCUGAAGCAGACACCCAAGCAGGAGGAGAAGAUUGCUGAGAUUCACCAAGCUCAGCUCAGCGGUCAGACUCCGGCCACGGCCGAACUCAACUUCAUCAAGAAGGCAUCGGCGUUCGACACGUAUGGAGUUGACCCUCAUCCUGUGAAGGACCAGAAAGGCAGUCACCUGUAUGUGGGCAUCACCCACACUGGCAUCAUGACCUUCCAGGGAAACAAGAAGACACACCAUUUCAAAUGGCCUGACGUGCAAAAGCUUCACUUUGAAGGCAAGAUGUUCAUCAUCCACCUGACGUAUAAUGAGAAGAAGCAUGCAUGUGGCUUCAAGUGUCCGACCGUCGCCGCCUGCAGGCAUCUGUGGAAGUGCUCCGUCGAACAGAAGACAUUCUGGACGGUUCCCAGCUCACGGGAGGUGACGACAUUCUCUUCCGGCUCCUCUACCCUGAUGACCCUCGCCCGCGGCUCAAGGUUCCGCUACAGUGGCCGCACCGAGCGAGAGAUUCUGGAGAACAGGGUAAACCGUGACCCUCCGGACUUCUCACGGUCUUCUGUGAAGCAGCAGGCACCAAAGAGGAAGAAGAAGGGCGCUUAUAUCUCCAACUCUGCCAAGGAGAUCUCGCACGAUUCGAUGGGGGAUGAGCCGACGACCCCGGGAACCCCGGAGAGCCCCAGUUCUCCAUCGUCGCUGAUGGACCAGCAGCCAGACACGAUCCUGGAGGAGCCGCCGCAGGAGGCAGCCGUCGACGUGCCGCUCGUGAGGGAGACAAGCGGCUGGGAGAAGACGAACAGUGGCUGGAAGUACGCGCCAAUGCACUCGCUCGACCUCGACGAGUCAGCUAUCAGGAACCUCGACCUGAGCAUGGAAUCAGACGUGUUCCAAUCGUCGGCCGUCAACCACGUUCACGCCUCGCCGCGCGACGCUACCGCCGCCGCCGCCGCCACGUCUACCCCGCGUAACCCCGAACCUCCGAAGCAGCUGUGGGCGCAGGAUGCGUCGCCGGGCGCAGAGGGAGCGGCCGCCGCCGCCGGGGUCAAGGGUCGGUCGUGGGCACGGACGGUCGUCGCGACGGCGUUUGUCAUGACGCUGCUCACGCUCAUUGCCAUCGUGCUCGUCAUGGAGCUCGACGCUCUGCGCGACCUCCGCGCGACACCAGAGGUCGCCGCUCUCCGCGCGCAGUACUACGCGCCGGCGAAGAGGGCGCUCGGCAUCCCGUGAGGUGCGCCGGCGCCACCUGUCGGCGGAGGAACGGAGGGUGACGACAGAGGGAGCCACGGUGGGUGCAUGUCGGAGGGAGUCGCUGACCCACCGGGGAUCAUUUCGUCAUUGGUUUAGAGAUCCAACUAGUUUCGCAUCUAGUUGCCUGUUUCACUACGGAUAAAUGGAGUAGAGAUUGGAGUAGUAGUUCCUUGAUCAGCACUAGUACUAUAGCACGUGAGAUGCAGCAUACCUUGACAAGCCUCAGGGCCUUUCCUGCACUGUCGUGCAAGCGCACGAUUUUGCAGCAAAUAUGAAAGACCACAAAUACGAAUUGUUUUUGUCCUUAUAAGGAUGUGAAUGCACAAAUGAAUGAUACAGUGAUUACAGCCAACUUCUAUUUCUAUCAGGGGUACUGGGUCACAGUUUUAAUUGAACUAUGUAUCGCCGAAUUAAACUAUAUAUGUCGUUGCUGCGACCCGCACCCAAGCCCUGCCGACGAGCUAUUUUACAUAUUUGUCGGAGAGACGUAUUUUUACAGAUUUGACAUUCCACGAGGGAAUCGUAGUAGAUUAAUCGUGUAUCGUAAUCAUUUAAUUACGUACUUUAAACAUGUACAUUCCACUGGCGACUAUAUUUACGGGGAGAGCGGUGGACGGACGGAAUUUUUCGGUAACUUGUCCUGUACAUAUAUAUUUAACUGUCGCCGUUCGUUAAAAGACGACUUUUUAAAUGGAGUGGAUUCAAUUUUUAACGUGCACUUGUUUCGGCGAAGUGAUUAAUGAUCCAUCAUUUAGGCGUAGAUGUAGUCGUAACGUCGUUGUCCAUACUAAUCCCAGCGUGGAUAGCAUUCUAAAUAAUCUUUUCUGGGCGAAUAACAUUUCAUAUCUAGGAACGCAUAUAUCGUCACUGAUCUGGUGACGGAGUCAUCGCCUCCUGCGAGUUUGAAACUGUAAUUUUAGUGAAGUGUAAUUUUAUAAUCUCUAGGGACGCGUAGCCUAACACUAAAUCAAAACUUUCACGAUGGCUACUUCUAUUAAUUAAGGCAUUCUGGCGUUGGGGUUGGGGGCACGGUUAGGGCGAUGAUUAACGUUGUUACCUAGUCUUCCCCCUAUCCUGGUGCUCUCUUCCAAGAAACCCUAAUCGCGUAAUGUACAAUGUACCAGACCAUCUGGUUUAACGAGGGCCAAAUUUACAUACAUACACCUGUCUAUCAAAUACAGAAAUCAUAACUGUGACGUCGUACAUGCUACAGAACUAUGACGGCGUGGACGCCACGGAACUGUGACGUACACGUCACAGAACUAUGACGUACACCUCACAGAACUGUUACGUGCACGCCACAUAAAUAUGUAGUGUAAACCACAGAACUAAGAAGUCUCGUCUGACGUGUUACUGCUCACCUGCGUCACGUGAUGUACGGAGCAACGAUGACGCUCAUGCGCUGGUCUCCCCGGGAAGGUACUGUGGGCGUGGCCGAGCCUGCAUCCUCGUGUUACGUCACCAAACGCUGCGAGUUUAGAAUAUAGUCGUUAGUUAAUUUGUCGCUAAGACGUCGUGGUGUUCCCUGGAUGACUAAACAUACCGCAGGUUGCACAUUCCAAUUAUUUGUGGAAGUACGGAUGUCCUAUAUAUACACGUUUACAUGUACGUAUAUACGCGUACAUAUGUAUAUAACAACAGGUAUAGGUUCCCGUUUGAUUCCCCGUUGAAGAUAUUAGUCGGAUUGUAGCGAUACGUUUGUGCGUUUUUAGCGUUCUGUACGGAAUCGUGUGCAUGAAAUUUUUCGCCUCUCGCGUUUUGGGUGCAGAGGGGAGAGAGAUGCGUCUGCGCACUCGUGGGUGGUGGGUGUUUUUUUUUAAAUGGAAAAAACGUGCUUUGUACUUGUGUUCUUUCUAUACUCCCAGUGACCUGUUCGUGUUAUCUCGCGUGAUUUCCAAGCAUCGUGCAGCUUCACAGAAUCGUACCUCGCUUCACCCCCUAAUUAAUAAUAGUGAUAAUAAUUAGCAUAUUUAUUUUUACCCGCCAUUAAUGCGUAUUUAAUUAGUAGUUACAAUCGUUCUACAGGUUAUUUGUCAUAAUUAAUAUUUUUGUAAUACGGAUGAUGAUGAUGAUGAUGAUGAUGAUGAUGAUGACGAUGGUGUUGAUGAUGACGACGAUGACGAUCGUGAUUAUAAAGGAGAGGUGAGAGUGGGAUGUACGGGGAGGCGGUAUUGUGUUAAUAGGUGGCAGGUUAAAAUGUAAUCGACUGCCAAGGUGUGACGCCCUGGCGGUUUUCGUAAUGCGUGUGUUUCUGUGGCGUUAGAGUUUGAAACCGAGUUACUAGUGAUUUCUACUGUUUUUACUGCGAGCGUUUUCGAGUCAGUGAUAUUAUUAACUCGGACCAUCGACGUAAUUGGCGAACUGGCACGGCGAUUGCAGGUGUAUUACCUUAUGAUCGCAGGUGUGACAUCUGUGAUUGCAGGUGUGACAUCUGUGAUUGCAGGUCUGGCAUCUGUGAUUGCAGGUGUGGUAUCUGUGAUUGCAGGUGUGGCAUCUGUGAUUGCAGGUCUGGCAUCUGUGAUUGCAGGUGUGGUAUCUGUGAUUGCAGGUGUGACAUCUGUGAUUGCAGGUGUGUUACCUAUGAUCACAGAUGUGGCAUCUGUGAUUGCAGGUGUGUUACUUAUGAUCACAGGUGUGAUAUCUGCGAUUGCAGGUGUGCCAUCUGUGAUUGCAGGUGUGACAUCUGUAAUUGCAGGUGUGUCACCUGUGAUUACACGUGUAACAUCUGUGAUUGAAGGUGUGACACCUGUGAUUACACGUGUGACGUCGGUGAUUGUAGUUCUGUCACCUGUGAUUGCAGGUAUGAUCAUCAGGUAACAACUCAAUGUCGUUCCUAUCUAGCGGGGAGCAUCAUCGUGUAGUGACAACAAUUUACUAUGUGUAGAAGAACUAGAAUAAGGCAUCGUCAAUCGCGUCGUGAUGAGCGUGGUUGUACUUGUAGCUUCAAAUCAUUACCUGGGUAUAGGAAGACGGGAGAACGGGAGACACGUGUUGGUGUGUAUAAUUGUAUGUAACUCACUAACUGUAAAGUUACGGAGAAGUUGGGAGAACUAUAGAUGUUCACGCUUGAGGUAGAAAGAACACUGUGCCAUCGUAUAGAUGUAAUAUUGCAUAAGGUGUAGUAGGAGACAAAUAGACAGUAUCGUUACGGCUGACUGUCGUUGUGGUUCUCGUUGCCGUGUCUCGCAUUCAAACGCUACAAACGCGAGCGUACUGCAGUGAAUAUAUACGAGUGUAGUCGUUGCGACGCUAGCGUCAUCGCUCGGCUGUCGCGGUGGCGAACUCGUUUCAGAACUGUCGUGAUCUUAGCAUGGAAUUUUAGUUUGCACGUUUUAUCAUAUACUUACCUAAAAUGUGAAUAAAAUCGAAUAAAGAUGACCAAUAACUAAA